UCUCUGUCAUGUGAUACAUUUUGGAAUGCAAAUGAAUUGUAGAAUUUUUCUUUGCUGGUGUGUAGGAAGAACGAGUGGGAAUGGUGUAGUGUGUCAGCUCAUUUUCCAGGCAGGAGGUGCAGCCAGGUUUUGGAGAAUUGAAGCGCUCAUCGUGAUCACUGGGGAGUAGUUUGCAAGCUCUCUGUCGUCAUGGAGAAUGAACAGAAUCCACCUCCCACCAACGCUAACAGCAGUAGCCGUCCACAGGUCCCCCAGAUCUCUGUCUACAGCAGUUUGCCUGAGCGCCAGGCUGUCCAGGUGAUCCAGCAGGCUCUCCAUCGCCAGCCCAACACUGCCGCUCAGUACCUCCAGCAGAUGUAUGCUGCCCAACAGCAGCACCUGAUGCUGCAAACUGCAGCUCUACAGCAGCAACACCUGAGCAGCGCCCAGUUGCAGAGCCUGGCAGCAGUGCAGCAGGCUAGUUUAGCUGCCAAUAGACAGGGAUCGUCGCCGAAUGGGAAUGUCUCGCAGCAACCUGUCUCUUCCCAGACAACUAUUAACCUCGCGACAUCCCCUGCUGCUGCUCAGUUGAUCAGCCGUGCUCAAAGUGUUAACUCUGCAGCUGCCACCGGGAUUGCUCAGCAGGCUGUCUUACUGGGGAACUCUAACAGUCCCACAUUAACUGCCAGCCAGGCACAAAUGUACCUUCGGGCUCAGAUGGUAAGCAGCAACCUGGCACAGCAAAGUAACCUUGUGCAAGUAGCUAGGACCCUAGGACGUGCUGUUCCUUUGUCCCCCCAGCUCAUUUUCACACCCACUGCCACAGUCGCUGCUGUCCAACCUGAGGUCACCAUCUCUCCUGCGAACCAACAAUCAGCUGCUCCACAGGUGCAAAAUUUAGCAAUAAGAAGUCAACAGAAUACAGCAGCAACAGUCCAGCCACAACUUCAAAGCGUCGCUCUGAAAGCUACUCCGUCUGUUCAGCAAGCUUCAACUACCUCCCAGCCUAAAACUUCAGGACAAGCUCCUAUGGCUGCUACCAAAGGAGGCCAGCCUGAAAACAUGGCCGAAAGUGGAAAGAAAAGUGAAAUAGUCAGCUCUUCCAGCACUGACACCAGAGCAGUCAGUGUGACCCCCACAGCAACCCCUGUGACCACACACGCUCUCAUUACCACAGGGAAAGUUCCAGAGAGUGUUAAUGUAAAGAACACCAGCCCUGCCCCCACCAUGACAUCCGGGAAUGGCAACACAACUUCAUCUGUAACUGCAAGUGUGCCUCAGAGCACAGAGAACAAACCCCCCCAGGCGAUUGUCAAACCACAGAUCCUGACCCAUGUCAUUGAAGGGUUUGUCAUACAGGAGGGGGCUGAACCUUUUCCAGUUGGCCGUUCUUCAUUGCUGAUUGAAAAUCUGGCAAAACAAAAGCAACAGCAACAGGCAUCUGUGCAGCCAGCAGAGAAACUACCGCAGCUGAAUAACACCGACUCCGAGAUGGAUGACCUCAGCCAGCAAGACUCAAAGGAGAAGGAAGAGGAUGCUCUCAAACUGAAGUGUGAAUUUUGCGGAAGGCUUGAUUACGCUCAUAAGUUUAAGGGAUCAAAGCGAUUCUGCUCCAUGGCCUGUGCGAAGAGGUACAAUGUUGGCUGCAGUAAACGAGUGGGUCUCUUCAAACCCGAUAAAAGCAAAUACUUGCAGAAGAAGGAAGGAGGCAAAUUAGGGCGAAGAGGGCCAAGGAAGAAUAGUUUGCACAAUGCCAAUAAAGAGCAACACAAGAAACAACCGAAGCAGCCGCCAGCCAAUGUAGGGUUAAAUCAGGAGGACUCCAGCAGAGGGUCAGAUAACUCCAGCUAUGAAGAACCACUGUCACCGAUCUCUGCCAGCUCCUCAACAUCUCGGAGGCGCCAGAACGAACGAGAGUUGGACAUUCAUGAUAUGAGGGUGCGAGAGCCAAUGGGAAUUGGUCACCACUUCUUGCCCAAUGACCCCACCAAGUGGAAUGUGGAGGAUGUGUGUGAGUUUAUCCGUUCACUGCCAGGUUGCCAGGAGAUUGCUGAUGAAUUCCGGGCACAGGAAAUUGAUGGCCAGGCCCUUUUGCUGCUCAAAGAAGAUCAUCUGAUGACUGCCAUGAACAUUAAGUUAGGGCCAGCUUUGAAAAUUUAUGCCCGAAUCAACAUGCUGAAAGAUUCCUAACAAAAAGCUAUGGGAAAUCAAGAAGGAUGUUGGACAACUAGAGUAACGGCUAUACUAUAAGCCGAGGUUUCUGGUCACUGUGAUGAUAGUACUCUUUUGGAAAGAAAAUGGAAGUGUUGUACAACAAAUUCAAACUACAAUGAGCGCAACACAAUACAAUUAUUGGCUUCGUGAGAAGCUUGCAUUCCAGGUACCAUUUUUCCUGAAUACGGAAAAGGAAGUGCUAUUCCAUAAGCAAAAAUAAAUGCAGAAGUAUUGGCGCAAGGAGUCUUCUCCCCAAGGUGAUUCGAUGCAUUGAGUGUUUAGAUGAUUCUUUUACAGAAUGUUGUGACUCUGCCAGUGGUUGGCAACUGGACACCUCACUGACAUCCUGAAAAUAAUUGUUUUUUGGAGUUAGAUCUGUCCUGAGGUUGGUCUCUGUUUGUUUGAAUCUGCAUGUUUAGAGAUUAGACUUGCUGUAGAAUGAUUUGAUAAUCAACAGAUCUAUUUUGUGAUCUUUUAAUGUGCCUGGAAUAACAAUGGUGCUGUAAAACGACUCUAAUUGUAAUUGUAUAAGGCUGGAUGAUGAAGUAUUUGUGUGGAUGUUCCUGUUUCUAGAAUUUUUAGAUCAUGUAAAAGAAACAAGUGACUUAAUGUUCUGUCUGUGUGGCAGUAUUUCCUUUACAAACUACAGCUUCAACCCUCACCUGUAAACAUUCUUUCCCAACAUGCCAUAGAUUUCAUUUUCCAAGGUCCCUUAUCCCCCUCUGAGUUCUUCUUCCCUAAACUUUUUAAUAGCGAUUCAGAAAGCUGAACAGUCCAGAAUUUAGUAUUUCAACUGAAAAUAUUGUACUCUAGCAAAUGGAUUAAACUGAAGGGUGGAGAUGA